ACGAGCACUCAGCGUUCCAAGCGUCGGACUCAUUAACUCAGAGGGAUUUUCCCGCGUUCCAAGCUCGUCAGGGGAAUCCCGGGUUCGGAGCCGGGAGCGCCUGCGCAGUCGGGAGCGUUUCGUUGGGAGCAGUCGCGCAGCGGGAUCUCCGGAGCUAUGCGGCCGCGUUGGGGGCUCCUCUGGCUUCUCGGGGCCGCCGCUUCCUGCCUUCUGGAGGGCAGCCGCGGCUCCUCCCCCCGCAUCAUCCGUGUGGGCUACUCUUCUGCAACUGAGGAUUGUCCGAGACUGCCACGUUUCUCCGCCGAGGGUUACGUGGACGAUCAGCUCAUCACUCGCUACGAAAGCCACACCCAAAAGUUGCAUCCUCGGGUCGACUGGAUAAAUACGCUGGAGAAGGAAGAUCCCAAAUUCUACCACAGGUACACCUGGAUUUUGCAAAAAGACCAGGACGACUUUCAGGAGAAUGUGAAGAUGCUCCAGGAACGCUAUAACCAAACUGGAGGGUUUCACAUCGUCCAGAUGAUGAUCUUCUGUAAAGUAGAGGAAGACGGGAAAAGGAGCGGAUACUGGCAAUACGGCUACGACGGGCGGAAUUUCCUCGAGUACGACAUGGAGACCUCCAGCUGGUUCACAGCCGACAAGGAAGCCCUGGUAAUCAAGGAGAAAUGGGAGCAGGAAACCGCCAUCAAGCAGCGCUUCACGGGCUACCUGGAGAGCACCUGCAUGGAGUGGCUGCAGAAGAACAACCGCUACGGAUCGAAGUCAUUCUUGAGGAAAGAGCCCCCAGUGGUGACGAUGAGCAGCAGGACGGAGGUGGAGGAUGGGAUGGAGACGCACAUAUGCCGAAUCCGUGGCUUCUACCCCAAGGAGAUCGAUGCCUCCUGGAGGAGGGAUGGGGAGGUCUGGGAGGUGGGAACCUACCGUGGGUUUCUGGCCCCCAACUCAGAUGGGACCUACUACUACUGGAUCAGCAUCCGGAUCGAUGCCAAAGAGAGGGGCCGCUAUCGGUGCUACGUGGAGCACGACAGCCUGCAGGAGCCUCUGGAACUGGCCCUAAAGGAAUCCACUUCCAACCUGUGGCUUAUCAUUGGUGUUGUUGUUGCGGGUGGCAUCGUAGCGUGUGGAGUUGCUGGGAUCUUCAUAUUUCUCAGAUUCAAGAAGGGAGAUGAUGAGCCAAGGAAUGAGCCGCCUUGUGAACGUUCACCUAUGACCAGUUGCUGAGCAACCGUUUGAAGGUACCAUGGACCUCCUCAGGGUCUGAAGUGAAAUGAGAUGGGAGCACAGGAAACUUUCCCACAUGGCUCUUUGUUCGUGUCAAGAUGAUGACUUCCUGGCUAUGGAGGAGCUAUUCGGAGUCCCAAUUGAAUUGAUGAAAUGUUUGCAAAUAUAUUCAGAUGUUUCUAAGCUUUUUAACUGCUGGGAUAUUUAGCAAGUAGCAAAAGUUAGGCCGAGUUCAACACAGUGUGGCAAACAAGGCUUAGAAAUCAAGGUGGCUGUGUUCACAUAGCUGCUGCGUCAGAAGAAAUAAAUAUAUAGUUUAAGAUGAAGGCCUGCUUGAUACAGCAAGCUAAGAUGAACAGCCGAGUUGGUUAAUGCACUUGGCCAAUACAAUUUAAGCUUAACUUAGCAAACUCUGUGAAGUGAGUCUUAAGGUUUGAGACAAGACAAAGAGGUGACAAAGUUAGGAGAAGCGUCUGGGCUGGGAUAUGAAUCCAGUCUGGUUGCCUCCAAGUCUUGCAUUUAGAAUAGUUUUUUUCAGUCUUGGAAUUUUUAACAUGUGUGGACUUCAUCUCCCAGAAUCCCCCAGGCCAGAGUUUUGCCCAGGUUAAAAAAAAAUGAUGCUUUAGAGCAGGACAGUGGUGAAAUCCAUAUUUUUUUUUACUACUGGUUCUGUGGGCCUGGCUUGGUGGGCAUGGCAGGGGAAGGAUACUGCAAAAUCCCCUUUCUCUCCCCACUCCUGGGGGAAGGAUACUGCAAAAUCCCCAUUCCCACCCCACUCCUGAGGGAAGGAUACUACAAAAUCCCCAUUCUCUCCCCACUCCUGCAAAAUCUCCAUUCCCACCCCACUCCAGGGGAAGGAUACUGCAAAAUCCCCAUUCCCACCCCACUCCUGAGGGAAGGAUACUACAAAAUCUCCAUUCUCUCCCCACUCCUGAGGGAAGGAUACUGCAAAAUCCCCAUUCUCUCCCCACUCCUGCAAAAUCUCCAUUCCCACCCCACUCCUGAGGGAAGGAUACUGCAGAAUCCCCAUUCCCACCCCACUCCUGAGGGAAGGAUACUACAAAAUCUCCAUUCUCUCCCCACUCCUGAGGGAAGGAUACUGCAAAAUCCCCAUUCUCUCCCCACUCCUGGGGGAAGGAUACUGCAAAAUCCCCAUUCCCACCCCACUCCUGAGGGAAGGAUACUAUAAAAUCUCCAUUCUCUCCCCACUCCAGGGGAAGGAUACUGCAAAAUCCCCAUUCUCUCCCCACUCCUGCAAAAUCUCCAUUCCCACCCCACUCCUGAGGGAAGGAUGCUGCAGAAUCUCCAUUCCCACCCCACUCCAGGGGAAGGAUACUGCAAAAUCCCCAUUCCCUCCCCAAUCCUGGGGCCAGCCAGAGGUGAUAUUUGCCAGUUCACCGAACUGCUCAAAAUUUCUGCUACCAGUUCUCUAGAAUCUGUCAGAACCUGCUGGAUUUCACCCCUGGAGCAGGGGUGGGAGACUAUGGCCCCUUUAUGACUUGUGGACUUCAACUCCCAGAAUUCCUGAAUCGGCAUGCACCUCCCCAGAGUAUGUACAACCUGCUUCCAAAAAAUCCUGACGGCUGGCUACCUCCCUCACCUCCCCAUGCUAUUUUUGGCUGCUUGCAGCGUCCUGCAGCCACAUGACUGCAUUAUACAAUGUGGAAAUAUCCCAUCUGGUCGGUCACAGUUCAUGUCAAGAUUAAUGACUUCCUGGCUCUGCCUGAUCUAUUCAGACUGCAAUUGAAUUGAUGAAAUGUUUGCAAAUGUUAUUUGGAUGAUUGUAAGCUUUUUUAACUGCUUGGAUAUUUAGCAAGUAGCAAAAUUUAGGCCGAGUUCAACACAGUGUGGUAAACCUAACAAGGCUAACAAAACAGUCUGGUUCUAUCACGCUCAUGUUUAUGCCAAGAUGACUUCCUGGCUGGCUCAGGAAUUCUGGGAGUUGAAGUCCACCAGUCAUAAAGGGGCCAUGGUUGCCCACCCUUGUUUUAAAGGACGAAGGGGGCCAUAUUGGCCAUUGACUUCAGGGUAAAACCACAAGUGCCUCUGAAGCUUCAUUCUUGCCGCCUCUCCACUGUCGAUUCUGAUUGUGUGGAGGCAAGAGGGGCACCUCUGAAAUAUUGGGGAAAUGUUACGGGCACAGUCCCCAAAAUUUAGACACACUCCUUUCAAAGAUAAAGCACUGAUGAGAUUCCUAAGAAUCUUAAUAUGUGUUUAUAGAAAUGUGAUCUCUCUUGCACUGCACCCUAGCAAUACACUGGAUUAUUUCCGGUCUUUUCUCUUUAAAUUCACCUUCUAGAUCAUCCUCACCUCACCAAAUACCAAACUAUUAUUGACUGCUUCUUCAUUCUCUCCCACCCCAUCCCGUUGGCCCAGCCCCACAUCCUCCCUGCCGCUCUCCAACCCUCUUUGGAUUAUUAGUUAUUAAAUGUGAAUAACGCCAAGCUACGCUAGUACAGGUACUCCUCGACUUAUGACCACAAUUGAGCCCAAAAUUUCCAUUGCUAAAUGAGACAGUUCAGUGAACGUUGCCUUAUUUUAACAAUCUUUCUUGCCACAAUCAUUAAGUGAAUCACUGCAGUUAAGUUAGUAACCUGAUUGUUAAAUGAAUCUGUUUUCCACGUUGACUUUACUGGUCAGAAAGCCACAAAAGUGGACCCUGCAACCGUCAUAAAUAUGAGCCAGUUGCCAAGCAUCCCAAUUUUGAUCACGUGAUCGUCUUAGGGAUCAGUGGAGAAAAGAUAAAAUUGGGGGAAGGGAAGAAAAAGAGAGUGGAUGGAAGUACAGGACAAACAAAGAGAGUAAAGAAUUUUAAGAGGAAGAAGGAGAAAAAGAGGAGAAGGAGAAAAAAAAGAAAACACUUAAGUAAUGAGAGUGGAUUUUAAUAUGAGAAAAGUUGACUGAAGGCUAUGAAAGAUUUUUAGUUUUAAUGAUAUUGUAAAAAUUAUUAUGUAAUUUUUUUUUAAAUUGAGUUUUUGCUUGUUCUCUUUUCUUUCCUCUGGAUGAUGCAAAACAAUUUACAAACUGAUAUUGAAAUAUAAAGAUAUGAUUGAUGAUGAUGUUAAGUAGAAGAUAUAACAGAAUAUAUAUUAAGGGGGAAUAAACGGGUUUGAUAUAAAUGGGAAUAGAAAAAAGGGGGGGAAAGAAGUAUAACUAGAUAAAAGAUUAAAGAUGGGGGUGAAAGGUAAGAUUAGACUUUUAAGAGGAUUGUGAAUAAGGAAAGAAAAAUGAGAGAAAAUAUAUUGAUGAAAGCAUGGAAGGAGGGUUGGAAAAUAACAAAUUGGAUAUGAACAUGUACCUGGCAGAUAUUUUGUUCAGAAAAGAUGUUUUUUAUGUUCUGGUAUGUCUAAAAAAAUAAUUAAAUUUUUUUUUUUUAUCACGUGACCAAGGGGAUGCUGCAAUGAUCAUAACUCUGAAAAACGGUUGUAAGUUCCUUUUUUCAGAGCUGUUAUAACUUGGAAUGGUCACUAAACAAAUGAUUGUAAGUAGAGGACUACCUGUAUUUUAGAGCCCCGAAGACUGAUUACCUCAGGGCUGUCUCAGUAUUAAACAAUAUUGAAAAAAUAAAUUUAUGGCCCUUUUCAGUGGAAGAAAAAUCUGUCUUGCUACCUAUGAGCCGACUGCCUAUACUGCCCAAACUGCCCAAACUAUAGGCAGUCUAUAGUUUGUGUGAAUAAGUGCAGUGAAAAUAUGGGACUCACUUAUACAGAAUGCCGUAGGUUUAAAAAAUAUCUAUAAAAGUGUCAGAGAUAUAUUUGUCUUGAAUAAUUUUGCACUAUAGAAUGUCAUUACGAAAUUACAUACAUUUUCCCUUUGCAAGUAUAUGUAGAAUUGUAACAUGUGACAUAUUUUAUUUUUUUGUUCUAGCUUUCUUUAUUUACAUGUUUUCCUUCUGUUCAACAAUGUAUGCGCCACUGUUGCUAUUGGUUUUUUUUUGUUUUGUUGUUUAUUUUAUGAAAAUAAAAAGUGCACACUGCCAACCUACU